AUGGUUCACUAUUCCACUAUUGCCCUGGCAUUGGCCAGUGUUCUUCCUCAACUAACCCAAGGAGCUGGCUUGCAUAAUGCUGCUGUUGCAAAGGGAAAGCUAUACUUUGGAUCAGCUACUGAUAACCCCGAGUUGACUGAUGCUCCAUACCUCGCCCAAUUGAGCAACACAGAUGACUUUGGUCAAAUUACACCUGGCAAUGCGCAGAAGUGGGAUUCAAUCGAACCGUCCCAAAACACCUUCUCCUAUACCAAAGGAGAUGUCGUUGCCGAUCUCGCUGCUAAAAAUGGCCAAAAGCUGCGGUGCCAUACUCUGGUUUGGCAUAGCCAAUUGCCUAAUUGGGUCUCAAGUGGCACAUGGACCAACGCGACUCUGAUUGCUGCCAUGAAGAACCAUAUCACCAAUGUGGUCACUCACUACAAAGGCAAAUGUUAUGCCUGGGAUGUUGUCAACGAAGCUCUCAACGAGGAUGGAACAUAUCGUGACAGUGUCUUCUACAAAACCAUCGGCGAAGCAUACCUCCCCAUCGCUUUUGCGGCCGCAGCUGCUGCAGACCCAGAUGUCAAACUCUACUACAACGACUACAACAUCGAAUCCCCCGGUGCCAAGUCAACCGGUGCCCAAAGAAUCGUCAAGCUCGUGCAGCAGUAUGGGGCCAAGAUCGACGGUGUGGGUCUACAGGCACACUUUAUUGUCGGAAGCACCCCUAGCCAGAGUGCGCAGACUGGCAACUUGGCUGCGAUUACAGCCUUGGGAGUCGAGGUUGCCUACACCGAACUCGACAUUCGUAUGACUCUGCCAUCAACUUCUGCCUUGCUCGCCAAGCAGUCGACUGAUUACCAAAAUACCGUCGCGGCCUGUAUGGCAAAUGCCAAGUGUGUUGGCAUUACUAUUUGGGAUUACACGGACAAGUAUUCGUGGGUUCCUAGCACAUUCACUGGUCAGGGUGAUGCACUUCCCUGGGAUGCGAACUUGGUCAAGAAGCCCGCUUAUGCGGGUAUCUUGGCUGGUCUGGGUGUUUCGGCCCCUAGCGCUACCACUACCACUACCUUUGUUACUACCACGACUACCUCCGGUGGUGGUAGUGCUACCGGUGUCCCUCUGUACGGACAGUGUGGUGGCAAGAACUGGACCGGAAGCACAACUUGCGCAAGUGGGACCUGUAAAGUCGCCAAUGAAUGGUACUCGCAGUGUCUGUAG